UCCUUCUAAUGUUGUAGAGAAGAAACCGACAUGAGCGAGUCACAAUAGCAACAUGAGAGGAAAAGGACAGUUGAUUGUCCAUGGUUACCCCAAGGUUGUGAGCUGUGGCUGAAGGGGAGAUCAGAUCGUUGUGCAAGGAUAUAGCAAGAUCAUGACCUGGGGAUGAAUCACCUGGGAUGAACAUCAGUUCAGUUUUGCUAGGAUUGAGCUUUAACUGAUGAGCAGUCAUCCAUGAUGAAAUUUCUGCCAGACAUGCUGAGAUCCGGUCAGAAGCUGUGGUAUCUGAGGGUGGGAAAGAGAAGAUAAGUUGUGUAUCAUCAGCAUAGCAGUGGUAAGAGAACCCAUGUGAGGAAAUAACUUCACCAAGAGAGUGAGUAUACAGGGAGAAAAGAAGAGGACCAUGUACUGAGCCCUGAGGGACACCAGUGGAGAGUCUGCAUGGAGCAGAUGUCACACCCCUCCAUGUUACCUGAUAUGAACGUCCUUCCAGGUAGGAAGCGAACCAUUCCCAAGCUGAUCCGCAAAUCCCAAGACUUCUGAGGGUGAACAAGAGAGCCAUGUGGUUGACCGUAUCAAACGCUGCUGAAAGGUCAAGGAGGAUAAGGACGGAUGACAGUUUGGCUGAUCUAGCAGCAUGUAGUUUCUCAGAGACAUCCAAAAGGGCUGUCUCUGUGGAAUGAGCUGCUUUAAAGCCAGACUGGUUGGGAUCUUGGAGGUUGUUCUGUGAGAUAGACAGACAGUUGAUUAUAGACAAUGCGUUCAAGAAUUUUUUAAAGAAACGAGAGAAGUGAUACCGGUCUGUAGUUACUGAUGUCUGAUGGAUCCAGAGCAGGUUUCUUUAGGAUUGAAUCAUUCAGUUGUUCCUUCAUUUCAAUACCUCAUCCAUGUGCUGCUUUAACAGAAGUGUAUAAAUGUUUGCAAGAACCCUGUGUUUACAACCGUGUAUGUUUGUACAAUGUUCUGUACAACAUACAGAAUGCACAUAACUAUCUUGAGUUUUUUGUCCUGUAGUGUUUUGUCUUUCUGCACUGUAUUUUGUCUUGCACUGUUUGCACUAAGUUGCAGAUGUUGCAAUGAGGCUAAGACAACUUACUUUCAGCCCUUAGCUCUGUGUUGUUCUAUGUAGCUCUUUUUUGUUUUAUGUAGCAUAUUUAUGUCUCUCUCUCUCUCUCUCUCUCUCUCUCUCUCUCUCUCUCUCUCUCUCUCUCUCUCUCUCACACACACACACACACACACACAAAGUAGCAGAUUCUAUGUGUCUGGUCACAAGAAAACCCACAAGUUUUGACAACCAAUAAAGGGUGUAACUUCAUUUUUGUCAUGUCAUUUCUUGAUCACUUACUUACUUAAAACCUCUUCCAAAUUGUUUAAGGGAUUUAGUGCCUGAGACAAGCAGAAAAAGCAGAAUCCUUUUAAUCAUUACUCACUUCCUUCAAAGUGAGUCUCAGAGCAAAAACAGUAAGAAUGGUUUUGCAGUGUUUCGUCCUUCUGGUUUUCUUCCUCAGUAGUAGCCAUGGACAAACUGAGUUCAUUUAUACAACAACGAAUGAAGUAAAAUUGUUCUGCGACACCAACAAAUGGCAAAUAAGCACAGAGUCUAACAACUUAAUUGAUGUGACUUGCACAGUGAAGUGUGUUCCUGGUAAACAGCUCAAACUUAACAAUAUUCAGAAAUUCUGCACAAAUGAAGAUUCAGACAAAGUUGAGGAAAAAUGUCCACUAAUAGCAACCAGUGGAUAUUUUCGAUGUGUCACUGCUCUGGAUUCUGUUUUCUUGUAUCCAUUCGCACCGUCUCCCAACACUGUCACCUCAUACAUAGUCGCUACUGCAAAUGAAUUCAUAACAAACAAGUCUGUGGAAAGAUCUUCAGUCAUGCUCACUAAAGGUGAAGAUGUACUUUUAAACUGCAGUUUCGACCGUACAGAAGGAUAUGUCAACAUAGAUUUUUCUGUGCACUGGAUCAAGACCAUUGAAAAGAACAGUAUCUGUGUGUAUUCUUAUGAGUUUGAAAUUGAUUACGUUAUAAAGUACAAUUUUAAAUGCAAUGUUCAAGAAGAUCUGCUUCAAAGGUUCUCAAACCAAACUGAUGGCAGAAACAUCCAUAACAUCAGGAUCAGUAAUGUAACAGAGUCAGAUGCUGGACAUUAUCUUUGUGCUUUACGAGUGAACACAUAUAAUAACGCCAAAGUUUACUGGAAGAUCAUAAAUAAUGUUACAGUCAGUGUACAUAAAGGAUCUGAGGACAAAGGAUCUCAAAUACCUGGAAACAGAUUGUAUGCUGAGUCUCUCAUCCGCUUAUGUGUUACACUGCCAAUAAUACUGGGUGUUCCGAUAGCUGCUGUGGUGGUGCAUUUAUGGAAAAAGAAUAAAACCUCACCCAGAUCUCAGACUAUGGAACUGCGAUCAAUCUAACAUAGAGAAGAAACAUCUGAUAUGAACCUUGAAGCAUGACCACACCACAGCACUUAGGAAGAGUGAAUGUUUAAAAUGUGUUAAAUAUCUGCUCUCUGUUAUGGUUUGUUUUCUUAUUUAAACUCUUUGAUUAUUACUCUACAUCUUUCUCAUAUCAAAUGUA